CAUAACUCCGGCAGUACACGUCACUCGAAACUUCAAUGCCUGAAGAUGCGUUGCUGCUCUUCAAACUCUGAGUCUGCACUGAAAAUCAUUGUGAUUCUUGUGGACGUGAUGUCAACAACUUUGGGACAGAAUUCGCCACCAUGCCCUCCAGACCAGUAUUAUAACAUUAAUGCACAAGACCACAGUUCUUGUAAACCGUGUACCCAUUGCCCUCCCGGGUCAGAGGUAACCUCUCCGUGCACGAACCAAUCGGAUACGGUUUGCAAGUCAUGUGACUAUGGAACAUAUUCAAGCGGGGGAUUCAAGUGCCAGAAGUGCUCUCGUUGCCGACCUGGAACCUUUGUGUCGCGCCACUGUACUUUGACCUCUGACACGCAGUGCGAACCGUGUGCAAAAUACAUGUAUUCAUCUGAUUGGUCGGCUGGAUUCUGCAUACCGUGCAGUAGAUGUGGGAAGGCGGUGACGGUAGAGAGAAACUGUAGCAACACCCAUGACUACAAGUGUGGAGAUUGUAUCGAAGGGUACUACCGCCACCCGAAUCUGCCGAGCACGUGCAUCAAGUGCUCCUACUGCUACCCCGACCACCCGGGGGUCACUGUGAUGGUGGACGAGUGUCUCACCAAGAGCAAGGACCCGGAGAUGAUGUGUAUGCCAGUCUUAGGAGGACCUCUGCCCAAGAGGACAUCUUCGGGUUCUUCAGGAUCUACGACCCCUACAGGAUCUACGACCCCUACAGGAUCAUCCUCCACACAUUCAACCAGCACCCCAAGUCCCUCACCCCAAGGCUGGGAGGACCCACUGACGUUAUGCAUAAUAACAGGAACCUUUGUCCUCCUCGUCAUAAUCAUCUCAACCAUUGUCUUUAUUAUAUACUGUAAGCAUGGAAAGGACAAUAGAAUGACCAUAGUUACAUUAUUAUACUGCAAGUGCACCAAGAAGAGAAGACAAAACAGAACAACAAAGAUGGCCUCGGGGUUGUCACUGUUAAAAGGCAAAGAAUCGGAACAAUCUGCUAGCAUGAUGGCAGAAGUUGGUCUACUUCACUGACUCGAGUUCCUUGUCCUAAGAAAGAGAUGGAGAUUAGUCGGAACAUUUUGCUGACGUUACAAGACAAAAAUGGCACCUUCUGCUGGUGAGACAUGAUGGCCGGUCCUCUGCAUUGACUGGGGUGACACCAUUCGUAACCACUCGCCCCCUUCCGUAACCUCCCGGGAAUAACACGAGAUGGUCACGAAUGGGGUGACACAUCUCGGAAAAAGAGAUGGCGAUUCAGGGCGUGGAAUAUGAUGUAGGCGGGAGUCUCGUGACAAGACAUGGUCAAGGGUCAGUGGACCAAGUGUUUGAAGGUGAUGUUCCUUCUUGCCAUUCUACACUGGGUCACUCCGCUCCUGGGACAGGUUCAGUUUAUCUCCUUUUAUGAACCGGAAUCUCUAAGUUUGUGCAAUAUCACUGAGAAGGGACAAAUCCAAAGCGGUUGAUGAUCUUCUCACUGGCUUACUGGAUAUUCUCUGCUUCAUCGCUUACAAUAGAGGGAGGUAACAAGAACAGCCUUGAUGACCACCCACACUGACUCCAGGUUAAAUGAAACAGUUUUUCGAUGUUUGAAAGAGGGGUAAAUUGCAUCAAUAACAAUUAACGGUAGUUUAUUUACACUUCAAAUAUCAAACUCAAUGAUAAAAAGACAAAAAGGCUUUCUCGCGUGAGUGAGAAUCUCUGAGCUGAUAUUCUACCCAAGUUUAAUAUGUUAAAUGUGUUCCACCAUACGUUGUGUUUCUGAACAAAAAAAUACACCAGCCAUAUCUGAACAGUAAAGACCAGGGGGAUCUGUUUAUCACCGUUGACGUCGUCAUGUACGGGUGGAGCACACCUAACGUUCAACUGACGUUUUAAACUUGUUUUGGUUCAUUUAAGAUCAAAAACAAUUUUCCAGUAUAUUUUCUUAAAUAUUUUAUUUUUUACUUCGGUAUUUAUUUACCGACUAAUGACAUGCAUUCUGUUGUAAUGUAACAAAAUAUAUAAGAACCCUUUCUGUCAAUAAAAAAAAGUUUUAAAGUU